AUGGAGACUCGAGUUCGGCGGUCCUUGCAACUUCUCCCGCUGCUGCUGAUGCUCUGCGGUGGAUGUCCCCACAUCAGUGGCUGCAAUGAGACCGGCAUGCUGGAGAGACUGCCCCGAUGCGGGAAGGCCUUUGCCAACAUGAUGCGCAAGGUGGACGUCUGGAAGUGGUGCAACCUGUCCGAGUUUAUCGUGUACUACGAGAGUUUCACCAACUGCACCGAGGCAGAGACCAACAGUGUGGGCUGCUACUGGCCCAACCCCCUGGCCCAGACCUUCAUCACUGGUGUCCACAGGCAGUUCUUCUCCAACUGCACUGUGAACAGGGUCCACUGGGAGGACCCCCCUGACGAGAUUCUCAUCCCACUGAUCGCCGUGCCUGUCUUGCUGACUGUUGCCAUGGCAGGCCUUGUGGUAUGGCGUAGCAAACGCACUGACACACUGCUGUGAGGGCCUUGGCAAGAUGGAGAGGCCUGCUCCUGGCACGUGGACACUGCUGCCAUCCGACCAUUGUGGCCAUAACCCACCUAGUCAUGGGCAGACCCUGCCCUGCCCAGGCUGACUUGAUCCCUGGUGGCUGGCCUGCCCCUAGUUGGGACUCAGGCUGUCCACCCAAGAUCUUUGCUCACUCUUGGCCCGCAGAAGAAUAUGUGACAAGGUCAGAGCUUGUGUGGUGCACCCAGAGAGGCCUCACUGCUGCACCCUGUGCUCCCUCAGGCCAGGCUGAGGCCUCUGUCCCAAGGUUUCUGGGCUGUGUCUUAGCACAGAGUCCUGCCCAGGCCCUGCCCCCAUCUCUGGCCCCUGUCUGCACCUGGGCAGAGUGGGCAGGUGGUGGCAUGUGGAAGAUGUUCUGAGCUGUGGAAGCCCUGAGCCUACUCCAUAGCUGAGAACCUUAGAGAUGAAAGGCCAGGCCUGCAGACCUGCCUGUCUGCCUAUCAGGAUUCUGUGACCACUAUGGGUUGUGUCCAUGAUCGGGGCUGGAAUGGGGGUGGGUCACAUGGAGGCCUGCAUGCAGGUGGAGCUUGGGUUUCUUUCCUAAUAGGGCUCCCCUGUGAGUGAGGUACCUUCAGGAAUGGGGUCCCCUGAGCUCAUGUCCCCUGUCUACUGCCAUCUGUGCUUUCUCUGAGUAAAGAGUCACCCUA